GCUGGUGAAGGGAGGGCGAGGUAACAGUGAGAGCGAGAGCCUGAGUGCAAGGGAAGGCUUCUCACGGAGGCACGGCUAAAGACAACAUUUGCAAAAUGCCGAAUAAAACUAAAAAAGAGAAGGAACCGACCAAAUCUGCAAAAAGCAGCACGAAAAACAGCAAUGCCGGUGGCGGAAAGGAUGCUGGGACUGAAAAUUCAGAAGAGGCCCAGCAGACAGCCAGUAAGCGUCCGAGCAACAGCACUCCACCUCCCACUCAACUCAACAAAAUUAAGUACUCAGGUGGGCCUCAGAUUGUAAAGAAGGAGCGUCGACAGAGUUCGUCACGAUUCAACCUCAGCAAGAACCGCGAACUGCAGAAGCUUCCCGCCCUCAAAGAUGCCCCACCCAUUGAUCGAGAAGAACUGUUUGUCCAGAAACUACGGCAGUGCUGUGUGCUUUUCGACUUUGUGACCGAUCCACUAAGCGAUCUCAAGUACAAAGAGGUGAAGCGAGCCGGCCUCAAUGAAAUGGUGGAGUACAUCACACACAACCGCGACGUGGUCACAGAGUCCAUCUACCCUGAAGCUGUCAUCAUGUUUUCUGUGAACUUGUUCAGGACUCUGCCGCCCUCUUCCAACCCCACGGGAGCCGAGUUUGACCCAGAGGAGGACGAACCCACUCUAGAGGCAGCUUGGCCUCACCUGCAGCUGGUGUAUGAAUUCUUCUUAAGAUUCCUGGAGUCACCCGACUUCCAGCCCAACAUUGCCAAAAAAUACAUCGACCAAAAGUUUGUACUCUCGCUUCUGGAGCUUUUCGACAGCGAAGACCCCCGAGAGCGGGACUUCCUGAAAACCAUCCUGCACCGCAUCUACGGAAAGUUCCUGGGCCUGAGAGCCUACAUUCGCCGGCAGAUCAACAAUAUAUUCUACAGGUUUAUAUACGAGACGGAGCAUCACAAUGGGAUUGCAGAGCUUUUAGAAAUCUUAGGAAGCAUAAUUAAUGGCUUUGCCCUGCCACUGAAAGAGGAGCACAAAAUGUUCCUCAUCAGAGUGCUACUGCCUUUACACAAAGUCAAGUCUCUCAGCGUCUAUCACCCACAGCUGGCCUACUGUGUGGUGCAGUUUUUGGAAAAGGACAGCAGCCUCACUGAACCUGUGAUUAUGGGCCUGCUAAAGUUCUGGCCCAAGACCCACAGUCCUAAGGAAGUGAUGUUUCUGAAUGAGCUGGAGGAAAUCUUGGAUGUCAUCGAGCCCUCAGAAUUUGUUAAAGUCAUGGAGCCUCUCUUUAGACAGCUGGCCAAGUGUGUAUCGAGUCCGCACUUCCAGGUUGCUGAAAGAGCAUUGUAUUACUGGAACAAUGAGUACAUCAUGAGCCUGAUCAGUGACAAUGCCGCUAAGAUCCUUCCCAUCAUGUUUCCCGCUCUCUACAAGAACUCCAAGAGCCACUGGAACAAGACAAUCCACGGGCUUAUCUACAAUGCUCUGAAGCUCUUUAUGGAGAUGAACCAGAAGCUGUUUGAUGACUGCACUCAGCAGUACAAAGCCGAGAAGCAGAAAGAGAAGUACAAACUAAAGGAGCGGGAAGAAAUGUGGCAUAAAAUUGAGGAGCUGGCAAAACAGAACCCUCAGAGUACAAAGAUUCAGCUGCGGCCCGGUCUGGCCCAAGAAGAGUAUAUGAUGUAUAACGAAGGAGGGAUGCCCCUGUACUCGAUGGAGACGGAGACCCCUACAGUCGAGGACAUCCAGCUGCUGAAGAAGACCGUGGAAUCAGAAGCUUCACAGGGAUUGAAAGAAAUCAAGAAAGACAAGGUUUUGAUGAGGCGAAAGUCUGAGCUGCCGCAGGACGUGUAUACUAUAAAAGCCCUGGAAGCUCAGCGAGCGGAGGAGUACCUGACGGCCAACCAGGAAGCCCUCUGACCGGGGAGCACCGCCAUCCUCCACCGCGCCUAAACUGUUCCUCUCGUCUUGGUCCAAACUCGUCGCCUGCUGUAACCCACCUCUCAAUCCCUCUGCCUCUGUCCAUACUCUCUUCCUCCCUCGCUGUUGGAGAGCCCCGUCUGCAAACAUCCAGCCCGCAGAGCAGUGGAGAGCUCCCAUGUGCGCACAAGCACUUCCUCACAGAUCCAUAGCUGCUGAUCCUCGCAUCCAACAGAAGCUGUUAGAAAGCAGUGUGGGUUACAAAUAAUCAAAGUAUGCUUUUUGUGGUCUGUUUUUCUCUCCACACUCCGCUUUGUUUUGCCCACUUUAUGCUGUCUCCAUUCGUCCGCAUGUUCCCUAUCCCCUUUUAUUUUUACCACUGCUUGAGAGCUUCUCCUGUAUUCCAAUCACUGCCUCUGUAAAAACCUGUUUGCAACGAAGGAGCCACGAUUAACUAAACGAAUCGCGUUACUCGAGAUAAACGAAGACCUCAAUGCAGACGGUGUGUUGGAUUUUCCCGUGGGUUCAGCGUAGAGCCAAAUGAAGCGGUCAGGGCUGUUCUUGAUGUCAAACUUACACGGAGAAACUUGUUCCUUAGUAAGAAGCUUUAUGAAUUAGACACGCAAAUUGGAGAUUUGCUAAUCAAUUUCAGACGCUUUGCUAGGUAUACACAUGAAAGUGUUUCUCCAUAGUGGCCUGGUGCUGUAAAUGCUUCAGGUAGUCGUCUGAAGAAGUCAUUUUUGAGGUCAUGGCCACGUAUUAAGAGCCAGAGACUGAAGAGUUCCCGAAUCCGUUUGCUGUUUUCCUAGUGACCGUGUUAAUGAUUGUCAAGAACAAACAAACAAACAAAAAAAAAAAAGGGGAGAUUUGUGUAAGCAAUCAUCUCUAUAUACACCACCAGCAGAGCGCUUGAUGAAAAUGCUGUAAAAGUAGUAGCGGAAAAGACGAUGUGCUCGAUGUGCAGCAACGGCCUUUCGGUCCAAACCGUCUUUUCGUUUUAAGAUACCUCUUUAACAGAACGAAAUGUGUUUUUUCGCCACCUAGCUUCGGUAAGGUGUCUUGUUUUUUGCUUCGUAGGUUUCUGUGACGUAUGAGAGCCAGAAAAGAACGAAUCCGCCAAGCCUUUAAAAAAGGAGACCGUUCGAGAUCGAGAACUACAGUCCUGUCCGAAAUUGUACGUCAUAUUUUGACCGUUUUUUUUUUUUUUUUUUUCGGCUUCAAAGCGCCUAAGCAGUAUUUUUUUUUCAGGAAUUAAGAGUCGUCCGGAGAACGUGCACUGGUCUAGUGUACGAUCAAGCGCUAUACAAUCCUCCUGAUAGGACUAUAUACUUAAAGAGAAAAGAUACUCGCUUUCCUGUCUAGGCUUAAUAUAUGGAAAACCGACAGCCUGCAGUUGCCGUCGCAAAUACGUGUGUACUGUAUAUUGUCAUGUAAAUUGCUUAUGAUUGCGCCCUAGCCCCGCCCACCCCCCACCCUCACCCUUCAGUACUCCCUCUUCCUGAGUUCAUCUUUUCUUUCAUUCUGUUUGCUUGUACGACUCCAUUCUGAUGCAUGAUGUCCCCUCUCUGUUGUAAAGAUCUGUCUCGUGAAGUGUCACUUUGAUCAUUCCAAUAGCGAGGGAACAUUUACUCCUCCUACAGGCUGCUGGACAACGCAAAACGUCAUCGCUAUCCGACGCACAGCCCAAAAAAGGCCUCGCUGUAAUUCAUCCACUCGCCGCGCAUUCAAGCUGCUACACUUCUCCCAUCGCUCCAAACGCGCAUACGUUUAGAUUCGUGCCGUCACAGCCUGUUUAGUACGCGGCGCAGAGGUGAAGCCUUGAAAUCAUUCGAUGUUUGAAGUGUUGUAAUGUCACCUCGGGCCUACCGGCGUACGGGAAUGACUCGUCCGCGCAAUCAAGAGCAUGAAUUGCCAACCUUGUUGCCUCUAAACAAUAGACCAAAACAUUCCAGAAACAAUCAGAGGCAACUUCACUCUUGAACGCAGCAUGCUUCCUUUCUAAAUGCCUUUUGACAGGCGGAUGGGGCCGGUGUUCAGCUUGUCCGGCAGCAACAAGAACCCGAGGGAAACUAAGAAAGUAUGGGUCUCUCCACACUCACCCGUCCCUUUUCCUCCUCCCCCAGUCCUCCUUCCCAAGUCUGACACUAAUCUUAAGCUGCUUUCCAGGUCAUAUGUACAUAUGUUGUACUUUAAUUAGGUUGAGCAUUACAUAGUAUGAAAGUCAUAUUUUGUACAGAUGUUCAUGUAUGUACAGAACAAAAAUAAAGAAACACAAAAGA